AAUGACUUGUAGGUCUAUAAUUAAGUCAUACAUAUGAAUAGUUUGCAAUAAAUAAAUUUGACUGCCGUUAACCUCCAAUACAGUGGGUGGCAGAAUUUCACCGCGGAGCCGUUUGGCUAAACCGAAGACCGACGGACAGAAGAAAGGAACAGUUUGUCCCACCGGUGUUUUAUUUAGCCGCAGAAGGUCGUCCGCGGCUCGGCGGUCUUGGACAAUACCCACAACCAAAACUAGCCUAAAUAAUUUAGCGUUGUGUCAAGUUCGGCUUUCGAUAAUUGGAGUGAUGUGAGAAUUGCUGGGGGAAAAAAUAGAUGAACGCGGCUGUACAUCGCGUUUAGUCGGGCUCGUUAUGAAACCUUGCUAGCGAACGUUAGCUAACGUUAGCAGCUGGAUACGGUAACUAACGUUACGUACGCUGACGGAACUAAAAGCGGCUGGAGACGUUUUUGAAGUGAAUUUAGCCAACUAGUCAUUGAACUAGCCAGUGAAUGUUUGUUUAUUGUUUACUGCAAAACAGCUAAGUAGCUUUAGCGUUAAUAUAUAUCCGCACUGACGCAGGGUGUUUUGGACGGGACCUUAAAUCCCACUGCCCGGUCUUGGACCAGACCCCGGGCUCAGCUUCUCAGAACCAGGAUUUCCCAUCCCUGAACUGAGUGGCUGGUUUGAUGGCAGCCACGGCCAGUGCCCGGCGGUUACCUAUGGGUGUGCGGACAUUUAGUGACUUUCUUCAGAUUGCCACUGUGGGCUCCCCUCGCUCGUGUCGUACAGCGGUUUCAAGAGGAUGUAUGCGACAAAACAUCAGCGAGCAUGCAGAGUCUGCACAUACAGCAGCAACAACAUUGCUGAAAGGCUCCCAAAAAGAGGUUUGGAUAGAAAAAGUCAGACACUUGUCAUCAUGUGGCAUUUUGAUGACAAGAACUCCCAGAGUGCUUUGCCUUCAAGACUGGGACACAAUGACAACCGUUCCCCAAAGCAGAAACUUCAUCAGCCUCACCAACAAAAGGAAGGAGUACUCCGAGCGUAGGAUACUUGGGUUUUCUAUGCAGGAAAUGUAUGAUGUGGUGGCCAAUGUUGAUGAGUACAAGAACUUUGUGCCCUGGUGUAAGAAGUCCCAGACCAUUAUGAAAAGAGCAGGCCACUCCAAAGCCCAACUUGAAGUGGGAUUCCCUCCAGUCAUGGAGAGAUACACAUCUAUGAUCACUAGUGUCCGGCCUCAUCUAGUCAAAGCAGUGUGUACAGACGGAAAGCUGUUCAAUCACCUGGAGACAAUAUGGCGCUUUAGUCCAGGCAUUCCUGGUUACCCUCGGACCUGCACGGUAGACUUUUCUAUAUCCUUUGAGUUCCGCUCUUUGCUGCACUCCCAGUUAGCCACCAUGUUCUUCGAUGAGGUUGUAAAGCAGAAUGUCGCUGCGUUUGAGCGGCGAGCCUGUAAGCUCUACGGCCCAGAGACUCGUAUCCCACGAGAGCUGAUGUUUCACGAGGUGCAUCAGACGUGAUCUCAGCAGCUGUAUGUCCUCAUCUGGCCUUAAACCAUAUCAGCUUUUAUUCCCUUUAUCCACACACACCUGCAUGAUGGUGAUUAGUCGCCCACCACUUCAGGUCAACUUCAACUCCUGAAGAUGUUAGACAUCCAACUCUUGUAAGCAUUAUUUUGGAAUCCCUGCCUCCAAAAAAUCUUGCUCAUCUCCUCCUCGUGUUAAUAUCCACUUUCUGUCUACCUCCACUUAAGGGAUCCUUGUUUAGCAGAAGGAAUCCACCAUUUCUUUUGCUCCAUGGCAGUUGUAUUUAUGUAAACAAAACAGUAAAUCAUUGCAACAUCAUCACCAAUGGUAGAGAGUCGGCUAUUAUUCUAAAUGAUCAGCACAGUGACACUGAAAAAACCCUGUUUAUGUAAAUUUUAUUUUAUUUUAUAAAAUUACAUUUUCUCUUAACUGAGGUCAAGUUUUAUAGUUCACUGUGACCUCAAGGUUACUUGCAACACUGGCACCCUACCAAGUAAGUCAAGUCUUUUCAGUUUUAAGUUGACCAGCACUUUGAUCAGCUGAUUAUACUGUAUUAAAAAAGCAUAUUCUUUGCCUUUUUACAUUUACCAUUUAUUUCAAAUUGAAUUUUUAAUAUAUUGUGCCAUGUUUGGGACGUUGUGUUGUGACAGAAUCAAUGAAGUGCAACAUUUGCAAAGGUAAAAUGGUAAUUUCUUUAUUAGUUACCUGUGUCCUCGAUUGACUUUGAGAUUUGGGAAAAUAAGCUUCAACUUGGCUGUUUUUGUGCCGUGAGAAUUUGUGUUUUUGGACAUUGAGACUUGGCCUGCCAGUUUUUAUAGUUCCUUAUUUUACAGCCCAGCACUAUUAACUAUCACAACAGAUUAACAGAGGUGGGGUGAAUCUAACUUUGCACAAACAAGAGCACCUAAAUUAAUCUAUGAACAGGCUGGAGAGUACUGUGAAAUACUGUAAAUAGGGUUACAACAAGAAAUGUCAGAUUAUAUAGCAUGACUACAACUUUAUAUUUGAAAAUAUUUUUUCAUUUUAUAGACUUAUAAACAUAGAUUAAAAAUUAUUUAUAGUAAUCUGAUUAGGUCACAGUUAUAUUAAUUCAGUUGAUUAUUUUAGUGAUGAUAAUCAGUUUGUAACAGAUAAUGUAAAAGUUUUCCUACUCUGCUUUUUGUAUUUUAUGGUCCAUCUUCUGGAGGGGAUCAGAAGGAUGAUACUCCUCUGUCAUUGUGAGUAUAAAAUAUACUGCUGGGCUGUAGAAUAGAACAUUUUCAAUCAGUUAUCAUUGCCUAUGGGUUUCAUGCUUACUUUUCUGGAUGUUUUAGCUUUUAUUUACAUUUGAGAUGGAUGGAUGUAACCAAAAAAAGAGGAAAACAUAGUCUAUAACAUAGAGUUCAUGCAUUGCAUUGUUAGGGCAUGACUAUUUUUAGUUGGGUUAUACAUUUCGCAUAAAAGUAAUCCAUGGCUUUAUUCCGUGCUAAAGGGCUCAUAAAGUUCAUUGAUUGUAUUGCCAUUUUUAGAGGUGACUGAUGUGUUCAAGAUGCCAAAGGUCAAUGGAAGAAGUCAUUCGUGUGUGACCCUCCUCAUAAACGGCAGUUCAUUAUGUUCACAUGCUCCAAGUCUCAUGCCCCAAUAAAACUUGAGUAUUUUUAAAAGAUUUUGGUUUCCAAGUUGAUGUGGUUUAUUUUCUCUGUUGGUAAGGUGGUUGGAAAUGGGGGGGGAAAAAAGUAAAUAAUUAAUGUAUGAAGAAUGUUUGAAUUGAAAUGGGUCUGUGAAUCACUUAUGUAAAGAAAACCACACAGUAAGUUAUUUAAAGAUCAUUAAUGCUACUGUUGAGUGUUAUAUCCUUAAUAUCUAUUUUAUUGCCUAAGCCUAUUUUAUACCAUAGUGGAACUCUCUUUAGGCAUGGUGUUCGCAUUAUCAGUAAUGUCGCAUCAUGUACAAAUGCACCUUCAGCCCAAGUUUUUUGUUGUUGCUUGAGAUUUUUUUAUUUUCAGUAUUUUGCUUACAGAUUUUAAUUUCAUGCAAGGUUUUCUAAUUGUAGGUGAGACAAAAGUAUAAACGCAAGAUACUGGUAUAUAUGACCACCUAUGAAAGACCCUUUGUCUAACAGUGGAAGCCUAGUAUGUAUAAUAAGGAUGGAGACACAUUACUAUUAUUGACUGAAGAGUUGCUACAAUAAAAUAUAUAGCUUUCAUUUUGAAGUUCACUUUGUGUUCCAAACUAAAAUGCAUCUUUGUAAAUACUGUGGGUGUAUUUCAGAGCUUUAUUUAAAUAAAAAAAGCAUGUUGAA